AUGCCGCCCCUCCAUACCCUUUCCAUCGACUCCAUCCGCGCCAAGACGAUUGUUCCGGUGCCUGAGGCGCACUGGCUUGCCCUCACGAUGCGCCAUCUCGAUUGCUUCCACCAGCAUCCCGACCCCGGCUCGGCCAUCCGCGCGCACUGCUUUUCCAACUUGUACGAGCUCGUGCAAACCCUGUCCGACGACAACAUGACCCUGGUGGCGACCGAGGUCUUUGACGUUGUGAACGAUGCAGUGCACCGCAUGACGUUUAUCGAAACGCUCGGCGCUGUCGGCACGCCUCGCGCCCAGCUCUUGCUGCUGCAAAAGGUGCUGCUCGCUGACGAUGCCGACAUUGAAGAGGUGCACAAGACCAUCAUGACGCUGCACGACGUCAAGCGGCCGACGGAUGAAACCAUCCGUGUGCUCGAGGCCAUGUGUUUCCAUGCCGGCACGGAGGCGUUUGCCUUUGACCUCAACUACUAUUCGACCACGCGCAAGAUGGCCCUGCUGGCCCUCGGCUCUGUCAUCAAAAACGUGCAUGCCUACAACCCCCAGCACGCCGAAGAGCUGCUCGCGCUUCUCCACGACGAGCUUGACACGCACGAGGGAGAAAUGGCACGGCGCGGCGUCGGCACGCACGACGACGACGGCGCCAUCUCGAUGCAGACGCAGCACAAGAGCACUGUUGUGAACGCCCUCGGCAACGCUGGCCACAGCUUCUCUGCAGACACGCUUGUCGCUUACGCCACGUCCGAGGACGAAGCAGAGCACGUUCGCUCGGCUGCCCUGCAGUCGCUGCGUCACUUGCAGAGCCCGGAGAUUGACGCAGUGCUGCUGCACGCCCUCAACGACUCUGGCACUGUCGUGCGAUCUGCUGCUCAUCACGCCUUCACCAGCAUGCGCCGCUCGGUCACGCUUCCUGCAGAGACUGCGUCCGGCGAGGCCGUGCACACUGGCCCGCACCGCGAGCGUCGCCUGUCCCUCAAGCAGAUUCUCGACUGGAGCUGGCGGUUUGAGCUGCGCGCUCCCGGCUUCCUCUACAAGAUUGGCUUCGGCUCGGACAAGAUGGGCGCGUUCGUCAAGGCCGAGUCGCGCAACAACAUUCUCAUCCACUUGAGCAUCCUCAAGAGUUACCUGAGCUUUGACGUGUACAACGAGGGCGCUGCGUAUGUGGCGGCCUUUGGCAAGACCAUCUACAUUUUCCGCCUGCUUCUCGCAUACAUUGCGUGGUGGGGCUACGACUUUGAGAUGAUUCGCAAGUUUGGCCUCGAGGACAUUUUCAACAUCAAGGCCCUCUUUGACAAGAUUGUCAACUGGGUCAAGGACAAGAUUGAGAUGGUCAAGAAUUUUGUGAGUACGGCGAUCGACCGCUUCAAGUCCAUUGCCCAGUCGGUGGUCAACGCCGUCAUCAACAUUCCCAACGCCUUCAUGAGCAUGUUUGAAAAGAUUGGCGCCAUGCUCACAGGCCAGACCGCGGAAGUGAGCAAGACCACCAAUGCCACUCGGAAGGACGAGGCCUACCUCAUUCAAAUCAUGAUCGACUUGACGUUCGAGUUUGUGUCGGAUGUGAUUGGCAUGAAUCUGACGUUUGUCAUCCAAUCGGUCAAGACUGACUUGAAGCUGCUGGGUGUCGACUCCAACCGCGGUGUUGUCAUGAUUAUCGACGCCGUCCGACUCUUCUUUGAGUGCCCGAUCGGCGCCAUUAUCGGUGUCAUUCAGGGCGCGAACGACAUUCGUCUUGCGCUGUUCUCGACCAACACGACUGCAGGCUGGGGUCUCGUGCCGGUUGCGGCCAAAAUCAUUGACGAGACGGGCAUUUUAUCGGGCAGUAUACCGCCCUGGCUGACAACCAUACCCGACCAGGCCUACGUCUUGCUCGACGAAGUGACCAACUACAUUGAGGUGUGCGUCAACAUGAUUCUCAAUCCCCUCACCAUUGCCACGUCGCCCUACACGUGCUUCUUUAAAGACUCGGCCAACGAGAUUGUCGCCAUCAUGAACAAGAUUGAGUACAACAAGCAGUGGCUUCUCAACAUUACGGCCUACUACAUGCAAGUCUACGAGAAUGUGACCAACACCUUCCGCACCAUCAAGUCGUACAUUCUCAAGGUCAAGUCGAUUAUCGAGGGUUUCUUCGGGCCCAAGUUUUCCAAGGCCUUCCCGUUCGACCCGUGGCAAGACACAGACGCUCCGUCCUGCGCAGACGGUAUCUUCACCGAGGACAAAAACCUCAACGGAACGACCACCAAGCCCGCUGGAAGCUCUCCGCCAGACAACGACCCGAACGUGGGCGGAGGCUACGCCACCGAAGGCAAGAACACGUACACGGAUGCCGAGGAUCCCGGCAUUGACAUUGCGCUCGCGGGCGUCAUUGACAUUGUUGCUCCCUGGCAAGGCACGGUGAAGGCCACCGGCUUCAACUGGAUUGUCAUUGCUGCGGACAGCUCGCUCAACCAGUACGACAUUAAGGUGCAGCACUUUUCUCCCAAGAGCGGCCUCAAGUCGACCUACGUCAAGUCUGGCGACAUUAUCGGCAAGUCUUCUGGCAAGUCUUGCGCAAACAACCACGUCGAUCCUGUGGUGCGUGUUUCCAUGAAGCGCAAGGUGCCCUCCCCCUUGGCUCCGACCUUUGUCGAUCCCACCAAGUACCUCAAGCGCCGCAUCGAUAUCGGUCUCAUGAUGAAGGAAACGCUCAACCAGUUCCUCUAUGUGCAGCUCACCAAGACCAUGGUCGACCUGUACAUUCUUCCCACCAAGGGCUCGUUCAGCAAGAAGAACACGACCACGACGGGCGGCGGCACCACCACCAAACGUCGCAGCGCCUUCACCAUCCGCACCGAUCCUGGCGCCGACGACAUCGCUCCCUACGGCAGCGGGAUUGCUCGUCGCGGUGACAACACUUGCGCCGACUUCCAGGGCACAUCGGACGUCUGCCUCAAGUUUGAAAAGAAAAACAUUGUGACGUACUCUAUUCCGCUCUACGCCUAUGCGUUCAAUCAGGUGUUUGGUCCUGUGACUGUGAUUGCCGAGUUUGGCGCCUUCCUGGAGCUGGGCAUUGACGUUUGGAUACAGCUGUGUCUCAUGAACAAGACGUGUCACGCCAUUCUCACGCCCCACGCCGGUGUCGCCAUCAAGGCCAAGGUCGUCUUGGACAUUGGCAUUGCCAUUGCUGGUUUGGAGGUGAAGGGCACCAUCCUUGAUAUUGGCCUGCCCAUCCACGGCAUUGUCAAGUUUGCCAAGAUGCCGCUGGACAUUUGCGUGCAGCUCGACAUGUACAUUAUUCCGAUCGCCUUCUACUUUUCGGCCUUCUUGCGCAUCAACCUCUUUGGUGCGCGAGUCACUGUCUUUGAUUCCGUCGUCUUCCAGUGGGCCUCCAAGCCCAUUCGGUUUGACGCCUUCCUGUCCAACUGCCAGCCCAAGCCGGACACGUCUCCGCCUCAGUUCACCAAGCCGCUGCAAUGCAAGCAACUGCCCGACUUGGCGCCCGACUCGCCCCAAGUGUUUUGCGAAUGGGCAACGGAAGACCCGGACACUGGUGUCGCCUCCCAGCAAUGGUGCGGUGGCAGCUCGCCUGGUGCCUGCGACCUGUGGGCCUACGAAGACGUGUCUGGCGACAACUACGUCGCCCAGCGAACGCACGACGAGUCGUUGCUCUACGUCACGUUGCGCGCAGCCAACAAGAAUGGCGUUGCAGGCACCCAAACGUCCGCCGUCAUUCCGUUCGACAAGUCUGUGCCGAUGAUUCGCGUGUUUGAUGGCAACGCCACCAGCGCCUACCUCACCACCCUCUACACGGCCAGAGCGAUGCAGCGCUUCCAAGACCAGGCCACGGCCCAGUACGACGUUUUGGAUUACAUGCGCCCGCUCGUGGAGGUGCAAUGGGCCGUGGGCACCUCGCCUGUGGCAAAGGUGCCAGCCAUUCCGUUGAUGUCGGACGUCAUCCCUUGGACCAACGUGACGUGGACACCCGUGCUCACGGGCUCAAAGUCUGUCGGAGAGCUGUACGCGCCGCCCGAGCGCUUCUUGUUCCUCAUGCAGCACAACACAAAGUACUAUUUCCACGUCCGCGCUCGCAACGAACUCAACUACGAAGAGGCCGUGGCGUCGAAUGGAUUUUUGGUGGAUUUGACGCCCCCCGACGUGGGCGUCGUCAACAACGGCGGCCAACUGGGCUUCCACCUGUUUGCCACACAGCUCAACUCUGUCGUGUCGGUCAACUGGGCAGGUUUUAUCGACAACGAGUCUGGCCUGCAUGCGGCGGAAUUCCAACUGUCGUCAAAGUGCGAUUGCUCAGUGUUUGAAAAUGCCACCUGCGAGUUUGGCGAUAUCGUUCCGCUCUCCUUCUCCGAGUCGUACGAGGUCUCCAAGUUCCGAAUGAUGAACCCUCCGCUUCCCGAUGGCUUUUACUACUGGCGCGUUCGCUAUGAGAACUGGGUCGGUCUGUGGUCCCCCUUUGCGUGCCGCCCAUUCGUCAUUGACACGACACCUCCGCUUUGGCGCGGCCCGUGCGUGUCCAACGAGCAGUGCAUGGUGAUGACGUACGACGUCGAGACCAACUCAAUCACUGCUCGCUGGCAGGCGUACGACCCAGAGUCGGACAUUAAGCUCUACCAAUUUGCUCUCGGUCUUGAUGAGACAGACACGUCCCUCAUGCCGUGGACGGAGGUCUACCUCAACACGUCAUGGGUCAUUCCGAACCCGCCCUCUGGCGUCAAGCUGGUCGGCAAGGCUCGCGCGUACAACUGGGUCGAUCUCCCCGCCAGGACCUUCUCCAACACGCUGCUGAUUGACUCGACCCCGCCAAUCCCGGGUAACGUGAACGACGGUGGCACGCUCUUUGUUGACGUUGCCUACCAAAAGUCCACCACGGAGAUUACCUUCAACUGGGACUCGUUCACCGACCCAGAGUCUGGCAUUUCUGGCUACUACCUUGUGCUCGGCUCGGCGCCUGGCCGGGAAGACAUCAAGUCCUUGGAUGAUUUGUAUCCCGACACCUUCCUCAGUACCCGCACGGCCUUCCUUGAGGCGAAUCAGACCUACUAUGUCACCGUCAUUGCCAAGCACAAUGGCGCUCUCGGUCUGACCGCCAAUGCAAGCGCCAACGGCGUUUUGGUGGACAUGUCCAAGCCUGGCGAAGAGCAAGAGCUGUACUUUAACACUCCCAUCAACGUGUUGGACGGGUCUGUCACGGACGGCAAUCUCGACCGCGAGUACCAAGCCGCGGCCUCUGCAUUGUCGGCGCGUUGGCCGACCAUUCUGGAUCCGCAGUCUCAAAUCUACACGAUUGAGGUGGCCUAUGUGGCCGAAGGUGAUCCCAGCGAGCCCGAAAACUUGCUCUGGCUGAGUGUCGAUAAUGCCACGUCGAGCUCGGCGCUCAACCACCUCGCCCUGCAGCAUGGCGCCAAGUACUUUUUCUUUAUUCGCGUGACGAACGGCGCUCUCUGGACAAUCACCCGCAUGUCGAAUGGCGUAGUCGUGGACUUGACCAUGCCUCUGCUGCACUACCUGAACGACGCGUCGGACGUGCUGGAUCUGGACUACCAGAGCGGCACCGAUUCGCUGUCGGCAUACUGGCUGUGCGAGGAUCCCGAAUCGGACAUUCUCAACCAGUUCUACUCUGUCUGGAUGGGUCUGCCUUCUGUCCAGAUGAUUGGUACGGUUGGCGAACUCAACGAGAAUCGCGGCUGGGCCUGGACAACCAGUGAUACGCUGGUCGGCAUUGCGCACAAGGCGAGAGUUGUCGUCGACGCUGUGCCUCUAACGGGCCUCACGGUUACUCCUGGAAAUGCCUACUUUUUCCAAGUCACCAUUGAAAACCGCGCCAAUCUCCAGACCAUUCUGGCUACGGACGGUGUCAAGAUUGACACCACGCCGCCAGUGAUGAACUAUGUCUUUGACGGUCUCGAAAAGCCCGACACAAUGCUCCAGUACACAAACAACACCAUGUUUGGCCACUGGUCUGCGAUCGAUCCCGAGUCGGGCAUCCUGUUCUACCAUGUUGCCAUUGUCGAUCUUGGCAUCACUGUGGAUGACAACUACAACCCGCUCCCGGGCAAAUCCCCGCUGGUCGUGACGGAUUGGUCGGACUUGUGCAAUUCGGGAAGCUCUGCGGCCUCCAAAACGGCGACAUUGGCUUGGACCGAAGGCAGCUCGUGCACCAACCGAAACGGCGUCUCGAUGAAGCUGCACCGUGCGUUUGAGCAAACGGCCGAGUCGUACGGCAUUUUCAAGCUCGACGUCGCCCACCAGCUGGAGCAAAAGCACUCGUACUACUUCCUCAUCUAUGCAGCGAACGGCGCGUUGACAGAGUCCCUUCCGAUGGUGUCGGACGGUGGUGUGCUCAUUGUUCAGGCUCCCUCUCCAGGCACCAUCUACGACGGCCCCGUCGGUGGCGAGCUGCAGUUCCAGCGCCACGACUCUGUCAUGACGGCAUGGUUUGAGGGCUUUGCCUCGCCUGCCUAUGGCUUUACCGCCUUCGAGGUUGCCAUCGGCACGUCCACGAACGCUUCGUACGAGUUUGACGUUCUCGAGUUUAACGACGAUCCCAUUCUCAUCACCUCGAAGAGCGACGUCAACGGCGCCGGCAUGCUGACCAUCCCCAUUCCGAUGCAGCAAGGCGUCAAGUACUUUGUGACCAUCAAGGGCAUCACUCAAGAGCGACUGCCCGACGGCACUUGGCUGUCAGUCAUGGCCAUCUCGAACGGCAUUGCCGCCGACUCGCUCUCGCCAGUGUUUGCCGACCUCGACGAAGGCAACCACAUUGCGCCGGUGGACUACUACCAGAUUGGCAACGACACCUUGCUGACCUCGUUCACCGUGUAUGACGGGCAUUCGUGUGUGGGCUACAAUGGCACGUCGAAGACGUGUGCCUACUCUGACUUGCGCCCGCUCGAGUACUCUGUCGGUACGGCCCCCGGCUUUGGAGAUAUCGUGGCUCGCCGUCCCACUCCCGCCGAGGGUUCGGCGACCAAGCUGGUCCUGCGACCGGGUGCCGAGUUUGUGGAUGACGCUGCUGCCAACAAUGCUUCGCUCAACUCGAUCGCUGUGCCCGAGCAUGGUGCUCCAUUCAUCUUCAACGUCUUUGCCGUGGACAAUCUUGGCCAAGCUUCCGCAUUGUCGUCCCACGGCUUGACGGUGGACAAGACCGAGCCGACCCUUGGUACGGUUUCGUGCGGCCCGAGCAUCCAGGCCGACACGACGCGGUUUGCCUGCUCGUGGGUCGACUUCCUCGAUCCCGAGUCUGGCAUCAUGUACUUUAACUUUUCGAUGGGUGUCAGCCCCGGCGACACGAGCAUUGUCGACGGUGUGCUGACGUCCGACUCGACGUACCUCGCCCUCAACCUGAAUCUGACUCAGGGCUCGACGUACUAUGGCACUGUCCGCGCCGUCAACUCUGUCGGCUUGUCGUCGUCGUCCUCCGCGCCCGGAGUGUUUAUCGACGUCACUCCGCCAGUGGCUGGCCGCAUUAUUGAGAUUGGCGACCUGCGAAACAUCCAGCGCUUCCGCGACACGAUGGACCUGUCCAACCUCGACUCGUUCGACGACGGCUGCCAGAUUGUCAACGAUCGCAUCACGAUUCGCUUUGCUGGCUUCUUUGACCCCGACGGCACGCCGAUCGUGCAAUAUACGGCUGCCGUCGGCACGACUCGAGGUGGCGUGCAGACCAAGUCCUUCACCGUCCUGAACGUUGUCCAGUUUGGAAAUGUGAGCGAAGCUGUCAUCGACGGCAUGGUCUUGUCUCCGCAGACAACGUACUAUGUCACCCUCCGCGCAUUCAACUAUGUCGGCAACUUUGCGACUGCCAUGUCCAACGGUAUUCGUGUCUCGUUCUACCCGCCGCAGCCCCAGUUUGCUGUUCUUCAAGACUACGAGCCUGGCUACAAUGACGAGUUUGGCCAGCCGAUUGACAAGGAGUUUACGUCGUCGCUCGAUACGCUGGGUGUUCGCUUUGUCAUGAACGAAGGCUGCGACCCGUCGUAUCUGACCUACUCGAUUCGCAUUGUGACAUACAACGAAGACCGCGUCGUCAUGCCCUGGAAGGACAUUAUCAGCCGCCCUGGAGCAGUCUUUGGUGUCCAGUUCGAGGCGCUCAACCUCACCAACACGUACAAGUACAAGUUCCAAGUCAUUGCCACCAACCAGCUCGGUUUCCAGGCAUACGGCGAGACCGACGGUAUCCAGGUCAUUAACGGCGGUCCGCCCACGCCGGGUGUGGUCAUGGACGGUAGCACUGGCAUUGACGUCGAUUUCCAGGCGUCGCUCACCACCAUCAACGCGUGCUGGAAGGACUUUAUCGACUUUGAUGGCUCCAACAUUACCCAGUACUCUGUUGCUGUGGGCACAGAUCCGCGAUUUGAUGCCACGAUCGAGAACGUCAUGUCGUGGCGAGCUGUCGGCCCCGUGCACUGCUUCAAGUCGCCGUCGCUCACCCUGACGCCGCUGACCCAGACCUACUACUUUAGCGUUCGGGCACAAGGCAAGUUCUCGCUCUACUCGACCGCGUCGUCGAACGGUGUCAAGGCUGGCUUUGGCCAGGCUCAGCUUCAGCUUGAAAUUACCGGCACGCCCGAGGAGUUUGACAGCUACCAGUUUGCGCUGCGCCAGAAGGUGGCCGACGAUGUCCGGGCGCGCUUCCCUGCGUUGACCAAUUUCGAUGCCAACAACGUCAUCAUCAUCAACGUGCACGCCAAGAAGCUGUUUGACUUGUCGCACGCUUCCCUCUUGACUGCAGGUCAGGACGUGGCAAACCUGAACGGCACUGCUUCGGGCAACGCAACCGACGCGUCCUCGGCUAGCCGACGCCAUGUCGGAGCACCCGAUCCCGUCGUUCCACUGCACGAGCUGACUCGCCGCGACGAGGACUUUGUCGAAGACACGGAUCCCAUCACGGAGCUGGCCACCAAUUCGACCAUCAUUUUGAUUGUGUUUGACUAUCCGUCGACCGAGGAGCGUCUCGGUAUCACUGACGCCGAGUUUACCGACUCGAUGGUGCAAGAGUUUGACGACUUGGCGCACCAAGAGUGCGUUGGGCCUUCGGGACCUGUGGACUGUCUCUCCAACACGCUUGGCUUGACUGUGUCCCAAGUCGCUCUCGAUCUGAACGCGCCCACCGUCGGCAACGUGUACGAUGGCCGCACGCUUUUCGUCGAUGUGGACUUCCAGUCGGACAACUCGACCAUUUCCGUGUCGUGGCAAAACUUCCACCACGACGAAGGUGUCAUUCGGUACGACGUGGCCAUUGGCUUUGAUCCGAUGCCCGUUUACCAGCCAGUCAACAGCUCUCGUUGGCUGCUCAAGAACAAUGGCACGGACUUUGAGGUUUUGAACAUGACGACUGUCACCGAGUGCCCAAAGACGGUGACCGUGGACCGUAUUUGCCUCCCCCUCAACCACGUCACGCUCCGCAACCUGACGCUGUAUAGCAACACGACUUACUACGUGUCUGUGCGAGCAGUCUCGCGCAUUGACACCGAGUCGAUUGCCACCUCGGACGGCAUCCAGAUCGACAUGACGCCUCCCAGCGCAGGCUCUCAGCGGUUUAUGACGGGCUCGCCCCCGCUUCUGCCCCCGACCUUGUCGGACACCAUCAUUGAGACGCCAAUCAUUUCCGACAAGGUGCGCUUCCAGGCCGACCCGACGCAGAUUGUCUUGGAUGUGAGCAACUUCACCGACGCCGAGUCUGGCAUGGCGGCGUACUACUACUCGAUUGUCAAGUAUCCUCGUCAGCAGUGUCUCGUCUACCCGAUGGCUGCCGACAGUCAGGCUGUGGCGUUGACGCUGCCGUUCGACUCUGUUGCCGCAGUGUCGACCUACACUUGGCCCUUGUACCUGCCGAGCGACAACUCUGCGAGCGGCGCCAUUCCGCGCGUGUACUUCCCUGUCUUGUCCAACGAUACUGCCGAUGUUUUGCUGAACAACAUUAUGAGCGUGAACGGCACGACGUUCGAUGGUCUGUUCAACCGUACGACGUGGGAUACUCAGCUGGCAAUGACUGGCCUGUCCAUGCAGCCCGAGUAUGUUUACUAUGUCUCCUUGUUUGGUGUCAACGGUGCCGGCCUGCCGACAUACACGCAUUCCCGGGCCUUGGUCGCCGACGCCACUCGCCCCGUGGCUGGUGCCAUUUUCGACGGCGCGUCUGCGCUGAGCGACAUCCAGUACGGCUCGGACAAGACCAAGCUUGUGCUGACCUUUGCUGAAGCCCCCACCGUUGCCACGUUGGCCUGCCCCGCGUUGAGCUACCCGCUCGACGGCCCUCAUGCAGACUUUACCUUGACCGACCGUUUCUGGUACGAUGUGAUCCAGACAGACACUGGCACGCUGAGCGACAUUGUCCUCCCUUCGUACGAGGACGCCGUCUAUCAGGAGCUCAAUGUCGUGGCGACCGAAGUUCGCCCGACUGCAGCCGUGUUCACCAGCGGCGAGCUCUACCUCUCCUUGCGCAACGUCAACAAUGUGACCCACCCGCGGUGGGUUGGCGCCCAGUACUACAAGCAGGAUCACCUCACCAGCAAUGGUGUGUACAAGGUGCGAAUGGCUGGUGCUGUCGGCCAGGGCGUGGUCACGCGCAUCUCGCUGGUCAAUGGCGAUCCGCUGUCCUUGCCCUUCCACACGAACGAGCGCUGCGCUUCCAACUGCUUUGCCUCUCCGUACGUUCAGGGCUUUGGCCUGAUCAUUUUCGGCGCGCCGACCGACGUCGUCAAUGACAAGGGUGUGCAGAGCGUUGUUUCGGGCACCAUUUGGGCGACUGCUCUGAACGGCAUGCUGACCUUCCAAGAGUUUGACUUUUCGUUUGUCAACAACACGGUGAACACGGCCGACCCGGCCACGGCAGCCUCCACCGUCUACAGUCCGUACGACAUGCACGAGUGGCAGUUUGUCUUCCGCGAGCUGCAAGUCUCCAUGUACGUUGACGGCGAGUACGUCAAGCAGUUCACCCUGCCGUUCAAGCUCUCCAACGCAUCGUUGGUCGUCGACGUGUUUGGCCAACCCACAGACACGCUGCAAGUGGCCCGCGCCGUCUUGACCGACAUUGAAACGCCGACGCCCGAGAUUGACGUGUGCGAUGGCAUGGAUUCCUUCCGCGAUUUCGAGUCGCCGAUUCUGUACUAUGAGUGGUCUGCAGGCACUUCCCUGGGCGACGUGGACGUGUUUGACUUUACGCGCAUCGCUCACGACAACAUUUGUCUGUCGUGCCGCAACGGCCCUUGCGACGCAGAGUUUUGCAACAGCACGUGCGACGCCGACAACGUUCGCGUCAUUUCCGCCACUGCCACAGGCUUGUUGCUGGCAGAGUACCGUCGCUACUGCAACAUUGCCAACGGCGGUUGCGAUGUCGCGGCGAUCUGCACGGCCAGCAACAACUCGGAAACGUACUUUGUCAACUGCACGUGCCCGGUCGGCUACACUGGCAACGGAACGUACUGCAAUCCCGAGAUCCAGUGCGAGCCGGGUGUGCCGUACGCCACUCAUGUGACGUGCUCGCACGACGCGUUCUGCACCAACCUGGUCGGCUCCUUCACGUGCACAUGCAAGCCAGGCUUCUAUGGCAACGGCACGCACUGCGAGGACAUGGACGAAUGCUCUGCUGUUUACCAACAGUACGACAAGUACAAGUGUCAUCCAGCUGCCGUUUGCACGAACGGUCCAGGAAACUUCUCUUGCGCCUGCCGCACUGGAUACACUGGCGACGGACGCUUUGAGUGCAUCAACGUUGACGAGUGUCUCUUGCAUCUGGACUCUUGCAGCGGAAACGCGUCGUGCGUUGAUACCAUUGGCAGCUACGAGUGCUUGUGCGAUGACAACUACUUUGGUGACGGCUUUACCUGCACGCCCGCUGGUGAUUUCUGCAGCAACCCGCUGUGGCUCGCCACGCCCGAGCGCGGCAGCCACAUUCGUCAGCGUGGCAAUGCUGCCGCCUACACCCCGUACGAUCUGACUCAGAUGACGCACUGCGGCCCCGGUCUGACCGGCUCUCGU